AGAGACCAACCAGGAUGACAGGGAUUAUUGUGUUCCUCUUGUUUCUAGGGUUUCCUCUUGAUAAGGCGGAAGAGCAUGUUGUUAACGAGCUGUACACACUGAUAGAAAAGGGUCAGACUGGCUUUGUGGAACCUGCUCCAAGCAACCAGAGCUGGCCCCUGGUUAAAGAGCCCUCCCUGCCAAUCAAUGAGCUUCUAGAAAAGAGCAGCAAGACUGGCGAGUCCAAGUUCACCCUCCAUCCUCUCCCCUCUGCCGUCUGGCCCAAACACAAUGACCUGGCCCUCAUUCCUCGACACCAUAGUCCCCACAACAAGAGUAAAAAGGGUCCUAAAAGUGACCGCCUGGUGGAGCACAACAGCGAGAAAACCAGAGGAGAAGUCACCGGUCUGCUUCCUAAAACCUUAUUAACAGGAGCUUCAGCAGCUGUUGCCACAAACAACAGCCGCACCGUGCAUAAACCCAACCAGGACACACAGUCCAACAUCAGCCCUCCUCAGCACAGUGAACCAGAUGGACACCCCAACUCCAGACCCAGGCCUCCUGUCCACAUACAGCCUCAGAUUCAGCCACAUCAGCCGGCCCCUUCCCCGCGCAAAGACCCUCCAAAUCGACGUCUGGACCCAGAGGAGAACCGACCCGGGAAGUCCAGCCUCUAUCAGUCAGGUAUUGGUGCAGCAUCCCGGAACAACAGCCGCCCUCCUGUGGUCUUAAACCGGCGCUCCUCCCCCAGCCUGCUCUACCAGUUCGACAUCAUAAGGCGAGAGUCUUCUGACUUUAUCCAUGAUGCCUAUUGCAUGAGCGAGUGUAGGAAGGAGAAGGAAGAGAGAGAGUAUUACUGCUACAGUGAGUUUGCCGUCAAUGGGAUCGUGCACGACAUCGACGUGCUGCGUAAAGGGAUACGGCUCAUUACUCUGAUGGUGAGCAGCGAUGGUUUCUACAAGAUGAGUCGCCUCCACGUGACCCCAGACAGCUUUUUCUUUAAAGUUCGCCUUCUGGUCCUCGAUACCUACAAGUGCAGCAAGCCCUGCCCUGACAUCAAACUUGGGACCAGAUACAUCGUGAUGGGUCAGCUCUACCACCGGAGGCGCCAUCUUCCCAGUGACCUCCUAAACCUCCUGGGAGGUAAACUGAAGCCUGGAGAUGGCCUCUUGCGAAGUAACAACUACGUCAAAAGGUUCAACAAACGGAGACACCAGAAGGCCCUGGAGGCCACCCGCUCCAGGUGUAGGUGAACCAAAGAAAAGACUAUCACCCCCUGCUGCAGGGGAAGAGACACUGCAGCAUGAACUGCCAUAACCUCUCAGUAUUGUUUAAGGCAAAAGACACUUUUUUAGAAAUCAUGAAUUAUUUUCCUACAGGCUGCCAAGUUGCUUCAUUAAUCCAAUUCAUGUUUUGUUUUUCUUAUCUGUUUAAUUCUUGUAAGCACCAACAUGUUGCAUGUACAGGCACAUUGCAAAUAUUUAAGUACCUUGAAAAAGUUAUUUUUUCCCAUAAUUUAAUUAGAAAAUUUAAAAUUAUAUAUAUAUUCUAGAUUCAUCACACACAAGGUGAAAUAUUACAAGCUUUGUUUUGUUUAAAACUAAUUGUUACAGUUUACAACUCAGAACUACAGAAAUGUUAACCUUGAGAAAGAUUAUGUUCAUUUAUACAUUAAGUACUUGGCCGGGGCUCCUUUUGCACAAUUUACUGCAUCUAGGAGUCACAGCAUGGCGCCACUCAGUCUGUGGCACUACUGGGGUGUUAUGAAGCCCAGGUUGCUCUUAUAGCAGCCUUCAGCUCAUCUGUAUUGUUGAGUCUGGUGUCUCUUAUCUUCCUAUGGACAUUUCCCCAGAGAUUGUCUAUGGAGAUUCAGUUCAGGCUAGUUUGCUGGUCAGUCAAACACAGUAAAACCAUGAUCAGCAAAACCAGUUUCUGGUAGUUUAAAACAGGACUUUCGACCACCAGUGGUCUGCUUCUUUUUCCUUAGUUCAGGUGAGACUCUGAUGACAUCUGUGGUUCAGGAGUGGCUUGACUCUUACAGUAUGAUACUUGUAGCCCAUUUCCUGGACCUGUCUUGUGGUGGCUCUUGAGCCACUGACUGCAGCCUCAUUUGACUCCUAGUCAAUCUCCCCUAAAUUCUUGAAUCUGCUUUGCUUGACAACCCUCUGAUGGCUGUGCUCACCCCUGUGUACCUUUUACCACACUUUUCCCUUCUAGUCAAUUUUCCAUAAAUAUGCUUUGAUACAGCUUCUGAAAACAGCCUGCCCUUUCAGCAGUAACCUUUUCUGGCUUACCCACCUUUGGGAGGGUGCCAGUGAUUAUCUUCAGAAAAACUGUCAAGUCAGGAGUCUUCCCUGUGACUGUGGUUGUGAGCACUGAACCAAAGUGAGAGAAUAAAGACUCAGGAAACCUUUGCAGGUAUCUUGAGUUAGCAACCUGUUUAGACCUUUGCUCGGGAGUAAAAUAACCAAAAAGAAAUUGGACUUUUCACAAUAUUUUAGCAUACAGGUUUUUUUUAUUUUGUAGCUGUCACAUGUCAGGAUUAAACAAACACACACACACACAUACACACAAAAAGCUUUCACUUUGUGUGUGAUGAAUCUGGAAUAUAUGUAAGUUUUUCUUUUUGAAUGAAAUUGAGAGGAAAAAAUAACUUUUUCAUGAUAAUGUAUUUUUUAGAUGUGCCUGUAUAUAGGAAAUAUAGUUGCUUCAAUCAAAUUGAUUUUUUGAAUUAUAAUUUCAUAAUGUCUGAGACUAUUAAGAAACCCCCAUCACCUCUUGUUCAUGUUUUACAGUAGCAGCUCUACUCAAAUCCUCAAAUAUUCAUGGCUGGUUCAUGAAGUUCCUUAUCAGGAAAUUUGACCCCAUAGUUAUGACACUACUGUCAUUUUUAACAUUAUCAUUCUUUUAUUUUACCCUCUUGUCUUUAGAGCCAUUUUGAUUGCAAGAAAAUCGAUCAGCAUAUCUAUGAAGUCAUUAUUAAUGUAGAAAUAGUUAAUUGAUGGCUCAAAUUAAAAAAAACUUUUCCUUAUAUCCUGCUUUUGUUAAAAAAAAAAAAAAAAAACAUUCUCCUCCCGUUCAGGUUGCUUCUGCUCUGAAACUGCCACUCUGGUUUUUCUCUGCCUGCAUACAAAAUUUUCUCUGCACACACUCAACGCUUUCUCUGAAUAAAAGAAACAGGUAUGGAAGUGACCAAUCAUGUUUGUUCUGCCUGCUGCCACUGUGCUGUUUUCAAGGAGAUUUUUGCUUUGACCUUACUAUGAGAGUCCCUACAUUCUAUCACAUACACACACAUAGUAAAAGUCUCAGAUCAAAAAAAAUAAAACACUUGAGCAUUAUUCACUAAAAAUCUGAAAAAGCAGGCCAAAAAGUGAACUCAGUCUAAAUAGCUGAACAUUUUGUCAACUCCUAAAAAAGCAAAAAUUAAGUCUGUAGGAAGAACUGGGUUGGAGAUAAAGGGCUUGGAAGUGAAUGUGACUCUCAUAGUAAGGUCAAAGAAAAUGUCUUCCUUAGCAUAGUAACAACAGGAGGAGCAAACAUGAUUGGUCGAUACUGUACGCAUUUCUUAUUGGCAAGUCCUUUAAAAAAAGUCCCGAAGCAGAAUACGUUUGGUGCAUAUAAAGGAAGUUUUGAGCGUGCAGAGAAAGUUCCAUACGUGAGCAGAGAAAGUUGUGAGUGCACAGAGAAAAAUCAGAGUGGCAGAUUCACAGGCAAGUUGAAGCAACUUGAAGAAAACUUUGAGUGGGCAACUACAGACAAGAGAGCAAGUAGACACUUCAAGCACGGAGGAAAUCUAAACACAAAGGCAUGUUUUUAUAAAAUGUGUGAGGAAAAAUCAGAGCCUAAAAUCAGUAAGCACUUAAUGUUUGAGUUUUGCUGCAAUAAUGACUCCAUACAUAUUAAUUUAAGUUUAUCAUACAAUAAGUACACAAUAGGAAAAGUAUGCAUUUUUUUUAAUCUCAUCUCACAUGUUGAUUAUUUUAAUCAUGCAGAUUCCUUUUAUUUGUUGAUCACACAUCUAAACCUACAGGAAACAUCAUAUUUUGUAUUGCACUGAAUACUACUGUUUUGCAACACCCAAAUCUGCUACAUGUUGUCACUGUGGUUGUUUUUGGUAAGCAGGAAAUGCACUGUUAUUGUUCUGAUGACCAAAGGGAGUGAAUGACGGCCUUAAAAAAGCAGCAAUGAACCUCAGCUGAGGAGUAGGAGGACAGAACAAAGGGAAAGACAGCACAGGACCUUAGCUUGUCAUGAGAGCGGCUUAUUUUUCUAACUUUAAUUGUGUGUCCAUGAUGAAAUAUAUGCCUGAGUUAGACCAGGACAUCAAAAGAAGCCUUGCUGAAUGAGGACGGUGCAUGUUGUUGUAGGGAUGAAGCCAUAACUCUAAUCGUAGGAAUCUGAUCCUCUCCACACCUGGACACAUGACUCGGGAAAGUGCCUCUUUCACUUCUCCUCUUUGGGAUGGCUAAGGUUUUCUUGCUUACAAACACAUUCUCCUCUGUGGAGGCCAAAGCUCAAAAAGGGGGUGUUUAAAGUAUUUAGGGAGGAUCACAGAGAGCGGAAAGCGGGGGCAAGGUAAAAAGGAAUUAAAGGUUAUGUAAAAAGACAGUGAGAGGGUAUGUCUUUCUACAUGGACAGCUUCAUAUUUAAUCAGAAAUCCUUUGCUUGGUUGUAUUUUGAUUUUUAUGUGAUGCUUCUA